AUGCAGGCUACCACCACGUUUCUUCUUGAUGUCGGACCCAAUUCAAUGGUCCAUGGGUUCAUGCUUACCGGCAAGUUCAUGAUUGCCGCAAAAAAGAAUUGCCUUGUGCACAGGCUCACGACAUCAACAGGGCUUGUUAAAUUCGUCAACAGCCACUCCAAAUACGCUUCGACGUCUGCCGAAUAUGACAUCAUGUUAUGGGAUCGAAGCCAGAAUGGACCCUCUCACAUUCUCAAAGGCCACACUGACCACAUUCGAACAUUAGAACUCCGUGAUGGGUUCCUGUUCUCCGGAGCCGCUGACAACACAGUGAGAAUAUGGGAUCUUGCAUCGGGGGAGUGUGUUCGCGUUUUCAAUCAUACAGACUACAUCUCCAUCUUGACAUUCAGCCCUGACAAUGCGCUUCGAGCUGGGUGUGGUGGCAGUGGGCAUGUCUUUAUCUGGGGCUGGAGAACUGGAACUCUGGUGGCAGAACGUCAAGCACAGGCCAGACAGACACAACUGUACACGAACUUUGAUGGCCGCAUGAUCACCUCUGGGCUCGAUGGAUGUGUUCGAGUCUGGGAACAAGACGGCACCCAUCUUGAGACCUUCACGGCACAUUAUGCUCCCAUGCGUGGACUUGUCAAAGUAAGGCGGUUUGUAGUUACGAUUAGAACCACGGAUGGCCGGAUUAAACUGUGGGAUUGGGGCAACAAGACCUACCUUACCGAUCUAAAGAAACCAGUCGGUUUGAUUGCCAAUGUCACAACGGGAUAUGGGAGACUCGCUGUUUCGUCCUGGAAGGGAUCUCGUGAACUUCAUCAGAUCCAGAUCUGGGAUCUAGACGAGAUUGAGAAGUUUGCAUCAAGGUAUCAUCUGGACCAUUAG